CAUGCCUCCGUUUCAGCGGAAAGAGCUCUGCAAGAUGCAGAAGGAACUCGAGGACCCGGCAGAGGCCCACAGCCUGACAGAGGCCCUGCUGUUUUGGGGUGAGGAGGAGCCUGCCUCCCCCUCGAGCUCCCCCUCCUCCGUCUCCUCUUCCUCCUCGGCCCUGUUCCUGGGCCCCCUGGCUGGGGGCGCUGAGGCUGGGCCCCCCAGUCCCCCCCUGACCCCUCGAGGUGUCUGGCCCUCGCCCCCGCCCUGGAGCGAAUCCGAGGAUGAUGCUUCCAGCAGCCAAGAUGGUGAGAGCCCGGGUCCCUGGCCCGACCAGGAGCAAGCUGCUGCCCCCGAGCUCGGCCCGCUGCAGCAGAAGGUGGCUGACCUGGUGGGGUUCCUGCUCCUCAAGUAUUGCACCAAGGAGCCCAUCACCAAGGCAGAGAUGCUGAGCGUGGUCCUCGGAGAUGCCCAGGACCGCUUCCCCGACGUCCUGCGCCGCGCCUCCGAGUGCAUGCUGCUGGUCUUUGGCUUGGAUGUGAAGGAGGUGGACCCCGGCGAGCACACCUACGCCCUGGUCCCCAUCCUGGGCCUCACCUGGGAUGGGGUGCUGAGCGGUCACGAGCUGAGCCUGCCCAAGACCGGCCUCCUGGUGAUCGUCCUGGGCGUGAUCCUCCUGCAGGGGGACCGCGCCCCCGAGGAGGUGGUCUGGGGAGCCCUGGGCAGUCUGGGGCUGUGUGUGGGGAGCGAGCACUGCAUCUAUGGGGAGCCCAGGGCGCUCCUCACCCAGGCGUGUGUGCAGGAGGGGUACCUGGAGUACCGCCAGGUGCCCCACAGCGACCCCGCCCGCUACGAGUUCCUCUGGGGUCCCCGGGCCCACGCGGAGACCAGCAGGUUGCAAGUCCUGGAGCAUCUGUUUGGCGUUCGUGGGAGGGGUUCCAGGUCCUGCCCAUCCCCAGCUGAGGAGGCCGUGAGCGAGGAGGAAGAGGGGCCCUGAGCCCGAGGGGCGCCCAGGCUCCUUGCAGGCCCCCGGCCCGCAGCUUGUCCUGCGGGCCGGGAAGGGAGGCGGAGCCUUCGCUCUGUGUUUGAAGAGCGAGCAGUCAGCCUGCCAAGGGGUGGGGGCCGGGCGAGGGGGGCACACGGCGUGGGGCAGCCUUGGGUGCCGUUUCUUUGUGAGCCCGUGGGUGUUCAGCCCUGUUUCCCUCAGUUGUGUUUCCAAUGAUGAUCUCUUACUAGAAGGAGUGUCCAAGGUCGUGAGUGACCUUGCUCUCCCCCGUAGUUGUCCUUACCCAGUUCUAGAGUGAGACAUGUGCUCUUUUGUCAGAGAGAUUGGGAAAUGUCCCAUUUUAUUUUGUGAUCCCGAGCAAGAGGACGUGCAAUGAGAAUGGUUUUGGAAAUGCGGAAGUGCUUAGCCGUCGUAGAGAGGGAGCAUGAUUUGCAGCAUUAAAAGACU